AUGUCGCGCCCACCACCGAAUGCGCGGUCCUCGCUUGCCAGCGGGCUUGCACCUCCUCCACCAGCAGGCUACGCCGCGAGCGCACAUGGCUCAACAGUCUUCGGCGCACCUCCACCACCUCACUCCGUUGCGCCUAGCGCCCUCAGUCGUCCCCCGUCACGCUUCGAACCUCCCCCUCUCGCCGCGACCAUGGGUCCCAUGCCGGGCACCCUCGAACGACCGAUCCACGGACCGAAGAAACGGCUGAUCGUGACAUGCGACGGGACGUGGCUGGACGCCGACAACGGUCUGAUGAACGGCCAUAAACAGCCGCCGUCCAACGUGUCCAGGAUAGGCUGGGCGAUCAAGGACACCUCGCGCGACGGCAUCCCCCAGAUCGUGAACUACCAGGCCGGUGUCGGAACGCAAGGCGGGCCGGCAUCCCGCGUCGUGGGCGGCGCCACGGGGAUGGGCAUACGCGAAAACAUGCGCACGGCAUACACGUACCUUGCGGCGAACUGGCGGCCGGGAGAUGAGAUCUUCAUCAUGGGCUUCUCGCGCGGCGCGUUCACGGCGCGUACCGUGGGCGGCAUGAUCGGCUCCCUUGGUCUGCUUACGCGUGACGGCCUGCCAUUUUUCAAUGAGAUCUUCGAGGACUGGGAACAUCGGUUCGACGACCGCUAUGUCUCCCAGUAUCCGCACGUGCCGUUCCCGGAGAAACGACUGCCCUUCGACGAGCAUUACGUGCAUGAACUGUCUCGUCGUGGCCUGACGAGGCUGAAUGUCCCCAUCAAGGCCAUCUGCUGCUGGGAUACGGUCGGCAGUCUGGGCAUCCCGCGGGUCCCUUGGCUGGAAGGGCUCCGGCUCCAGGCGCCAGGAAUGCACGAUUAUGAAUUCUACGACACGCGAUUGAAUCCCUGUAUUGAGAACGCAUUUCAAGCGCUGGCCCUGGACGAGCGGCGCGCGCCCUUUUCUCCGGCGCUGUGGGAGAAGCGGGACAACAACACGACGAAUCUUGUCCAGUGUUGGUUUCCUGGCGUGCACUCGAACGUUGGGGGCGGGUACGACGAUCAAGAGUUGGCGAAUAUUACGCUCGCGUGGAUGAUCAGCAAGCUCGAGCCCUUUUUGGAUUUCGAACGGAAUUUUCUGAUCGGGCUGUGGGAGUCGAACCGCGCCUACUACAAGCAGUCGGGCCAGAGGACGCGAUGGUGGUCGUUUGGCGAGCUCUACAACUCGUUAAAAGGCAUCUAUUCCCUGACGGGCAGCAAGACGAGGACUCCCGGCAACUACUUCCGAAGUGAUCCCUACACGGGACGGCCGAUGACGAAACGCCUCCGAGGCACGAACGAAUACAUCCACGCGAGCGUGCGGGCGAGACUUGGUCUAGGCGGCCCUGGCCCGCUUGAUCGGGGGACAUAUAAUCCCCCAGCGCUGAGGGACUGGACGUUCGAUGUCGAAGCCGUGGGGCCCGGCCAGGGCGGCAACCAAGAUGGCUUGCUCGUGGUGUGGACAAACCACGGCAACUCCUCCAGAAGGAGGGGUGCUCGAAACGAAAAGGGCGGACAGGAGAAGAUCCCCGAGGAGAGAUUAUCCGAGACGGAACUCGUCUUGUUGAAACAAUCGCCCAGGGUGUACGACUUCAUCACACAGCUGCGCCUCAAUCCCCAGCAAGGGAAGAGAAGGUCCCGUCGACAUGGUGGCCAAAACGGUGUGCCGAAUGGUCCCGGUCCGCCGCCUCCCGGUGUAGGUCCUUAUGGCCAGUAUGGGGGUGGAGGUGGCAGGCCGCCGCCGCCGGGUUCGUUUGUCGGUCCGCGAUCUGGCUCUGUACCGCCGAGUGGGAGACGGAGCGGGAGAUCGAGGUCCUUGAAUCCGGAUGGACUCCCCUACGAUAGUGACGAUAGCAGGGAGAGGGAGAAGGAUCGAGAUCGGCGGCAUAGGAGGAGACGAGACAGUGGUGAUCCAGACAGACAGAGAAGAAGACGAAGUCGGAGAUACGAGGACGACGAUGAGUGA